AUGGAGAACGAAGAACUCUUCGCGGGCGAAUCUGCCCUCGAUGCACAGCAGCAGGGCGGCCGCACUGCAACUGCAUCCAAACAUACCCCUUUGCUGGUCCUCACGGAACCUCUGCUGGCUGGCGAUGACAUCGAUGAUGACGAAUGGCCGCGGCGGCACGAGGUGCGAAUCCACGACAUAGACGACCGGCCGCAAUGGAGACGGCCACAUAUCUGGUGGCUGCUGCCAUUCGGGCUUAUCUUCACAUUGGGCUUCGGUGGUCUCGCUGUGCCCAGGAUCAACUUGAUCAUGUCCCUCGUCUGUCGUGAUUACUUCGCCGAGAAGACCUCUCGAGACCCCACCUUCACCUACCUCCCCGUUAUCUUCGGAGAGGAUAACUCCCAAUGUCGACUUCCCGAGAUCCAGUCCCUAGUCGCGAAAUUCCAGCUAUAUCUCAAUCUUGUCACCGGAAUUGUAUCAGCUUUGGUUAGCCCCCGCCUCGGCCAUCUAUCCGAUCGCUAUGGCAGAACUACAAUGAUCGCGCUGUGCGCGAUGGGUGCUGUCCUGAAUGAAGCCAUUACAGUAAUUGUCGCCUCCUGGCCCGAACAGAUGUCGGCUAAUUUACUCUUGGUUGGGGCGCUCAUGGACGGAUUGGGAGGCUCCUUCACCACCGCACAAGCUUUGAUUCAUUCCUACGCCUCAGACUGCACGCCGCCUGAUCGAAGGAGCGUGGCCUUUGGGCUAUUCCACGGCGCCAUAUUCCUUGGAAUCGUUCUUGGACCAACUGGUGCUGCAUAUUUGAUCAGCAAGACUGGAAAUGUACUCAUUGUCUUCUACAUUGGCCUUGCGUUCCACAUCUUCUAUUGCGUUGGGGUCUAUUUUAUUGUUCCCGAAUCUGUUUCCAAGGAACGGCAGCUAGAGGCCCGUGAGAGGCAUCGCGCGAAGGAGUCCGACCCCGGAGAUGGCAGCUGGUAUUCAUUGAAGGCCGUCAACCCCUUGAAUCUCAUCACACCUCUCAAGAUUCUCCUGCCCCCUGUUGGGCGGCCAAGUACUUUGUUCCCGAACCGUCGCGGCGCCAGCCCAGCACUGCGCCGAAAUAUCAUCCUGUUGGCUGUGAUGGAUACUGCCGUUUUCGGUGUUGCAAUGGGCACCAUCCAGGUCAUCAUCAUCUAUGCGGAGUACAUGUUCAAUUGGGGAAAUGUGGAGUCCAGCCUCUUUGUUUCCAUCAUCAAUGUGGUCCGUGUGGUGAAUCUUUUCGUGGUCCUUCCCAUUAUCGCUUGGCUCUUCCGAACCCCAUCUGAAGAUGACGGUCUUAUCCGCGGAUCAGACAUGCUGGACAUUGUUAUUAUUCGCUUGUCGGUUGUUUUCGACAUCCUGGGAUACGUUGGCUACGCGUUGUCGAAGCAUCCCUCCGUCAUGAUUCUCUCCGGUGCUGUUGCGUCGCUUGGAGGAAUGGGAUCACCCAUUUUGCAAUCAUCCCUUACAAAACAUGUGCCCCACGAGCACGUUGGGCAGUUGCUUGGUGCAACAGGUCUCUUGCAUGCUCUUGCCAGAGUGGUCGCGCCCACUGUCUUCAAUUUGAUCUACAGUGAGACAGUUGCAACAUACCCGCAGGCUGUUUUUGUGGCUCUUGCGGCUGUGUUUGCAGCUGUGUUCUUUUUGACCUUGCUAGUUCGACCCCAUGUCGCUCUUGAAACCAAGCCGGUAUCGGACGCAACAGGCGAGGCCAAUGAAGAGGGACAGAGUGAAGAAGAUCGGUUGCUCGUGCAAUAA